AUGGACCUGCAAGGCCAGCGCGCUCUGCUGGCCCCGAUGCCGGUGUCGCAGGCACUGAGCGGCUGCGGGCGGUGCUCUAGGACGCGCGGCGCCGUGCUGUCGGCGGUGGAACGCGCCGCGGCGCGGCGCCUGAGGGCGGCUGAGGCCGGCCUGGAGCGCGCGCUGGCGCGCAACGCGGAGCUCGACUUGAGGCUCCGGCAGACCGAAGCCGAGGGACAGGCGUGGCAGGACAUGGCGAGGAGCCACGAGGGCGUCGCGGCAGGCCUACGCGCCGCGCUCGACAACCUCAUGCAGUCGCCACGCGCCGGCGCCGAGGGCGACGCCGAGGACGCGCAGUCAUGCUGCUUCGAGUGGAAGCAGGAGCAGGAACAGGGCGAGGACGCCGAGGCGUCCGGCGGCGGGCGGACGAGGGCGUGCAGGUGGUGCGGCGGGGCGGAGGCGUGCGUGCUGCUGCUGCCGUGCCGGCACCUGUGCCUGUGCCGCGGGUGCGAGGCGGGCGUCCAGGCGUGCCCCGUGUGCACGGCCACCAAGAACGCCUCGCUCCACGUCCUCCUGCACUGA